ACAGCCAUCUACAAGUCUGCAUCUAUCACAUUUCAAACUCAUAGAGUCGUACAAUUUUCAGCUCGUCUUAGCAAGCCAUUUUGAAAACACUUUCUCCUUCUCUUCACUUCAAUGGGUAUUCGUUUGUGUUCAGUGGUUUCUCAAUCAAAGCAAAUUCUCAAACUACAAUCUCUCCUCACUCGACCAGCACCCGCAAUAGCAUCAAUAGUAGAUGUACCUAAAGGGCAUUGUGCUGUGUAUGUUGGAGAAACCGAAAAGAAGCGAUUCACACUUCCAGUAUCUUACUUGAAUCAUCCUAUAUUUCAAGAAUUACUAAGUCGUGCAGAGGAAGAGCUUGGUUUUGAUCAUCCCAUGGGAGGUCUCACAAUAACCUGCAAAGAAGUUGUUUUUAUAAAUCUAACUUCUCAGUUGAAUGGGGGAGCAUAAAUCCGAUAAUCUAAGCACUUGUAGAUGGGAUAUUUUUUUUGAAAGAGGGUGGUCAACUCAUGUACACUUUUUUUAUGUUUCUUUAAUUGAUUGUGUAGAGUUAGUAAGACUCUCUCAUUUAAAGAAUCAUUAUACAAAGUUUAUACCUUCAUAGUUUCAACUCAUUUACAUUUUAUAAAACAACUUUGAUGAA